AUCGGCAACCAUGGACGACGUGCUGCAACGCCUUUCGGAGGGCAAGGUGCCCUUGACCGAUGCCGUCUCAGAGCUCGGGCCGCUCUUGACGUCCACGAAUGGUCCACUUCGGACCAAGGGCACCCAGGCCCUUGUUGACCUAAUGGUGCAGACUGAGAAGGAGGAGCUCACAUCAGCAGUGCCUGUGCUGCUGCAGUUUCUGUGUGAUCGGCUGGAUGACCAUCCAAGCACCACCCCAUGCCUCAGGGGGCUCCUCGCUCUGGUGAAAGCGUCUGCCAUCAGCAAGGAGCAGGCGGCCACCAUGUGCAAAGCGCUCUUCCAGAAGCUGUUUGUUCAGGCACAGGCCUUGACCAUCCGCCUCCUCGUGUUCCAGCUCAUCUCAGAGCUCUUGGACAAGUUUGGCGCUUACCUCAGCAGGACAAUGGGGGAGGAGUUUGUUGGCGGGUUUCUCCAGCAAUUUGAUGGCGAAAAGGACCCGCGCUGCCUCGUCCUCGUCUUCCGCCUCGUUCCGUUUGUUGCGUCCACGUUCCCAAUCUCACGCUACGUCGAUGAUCUCUUUGAGGCGUCGUCCUGCUACUUCCCAAUCACAUUCACACCCCCGCCCAACGACCCUUACGGGGUGACGCGGGAGGAGCUCAUAUCGGGGCUGCGCGCGUGCAUGACGGCAACACCGCUCUUCGCCCGUGCAUGUGUCGAGCUCGUCCUCGAUAAAGCAUCGUCAACCAUCGACGACACAAAGGUUGAUGCGUUUGAGACGCUGGCCGAGUGCGCGACUGCGUUUGGAUUUGAACACAUGAGCCCCUUUUUCAGCUCCAUCUUUGCCCAAAUCCGCCGCGAAAUCUUCGAGAACCUCGAACCCCAGGUGCAGCGCGCUGCUCUGGCUGCGCUCUCUGCAUGCGCUCGACUCACAAGCACGCGCGAACAGGCAGACGCAUUCAUGCAGCCCGCAAUCGAGGAAGCGGUGCACCACCUGCAGGACAUUGAUGCGAACACGACGUCCAUCCACGGCAAACUGCUCAUCGCUGCUGCUGGCGCCAACACCGCCACCGCCGCCGUGGUCUUUGACGCGUUUGUUCCGCGCGCCGUCCACACAUUCAUCGAGAGCGCAACUGACGCGGCAAAGCGCACGGCCGUUGGGGGCGUUCUUGCUGGUGUGUGCGAGGCAGCUGCUGCAUGUCACUCGGCCCACCCAUCACCAUCAACACCACCGUCAACAUCGUCGUCGUCAGCGAUGGACACGAGGGAGGAUGGUGUGGUGCAGCUCGCAACACAUGUGCAAGCAGCCAAGCCGCAACUGUUGUCGUUUGUCGACGCUGCCCUCUCCUCAUCCUCCGACCAUCUUCAGGCCGUCGGCGUGAGAACGCUGUUGUCACUGUCCGCCUUUGGGAUUUUCGCUGAGGAUGAGCUCAUUUCUCUUCUUGAUCGCGUCCUCACCCUCAGUCUUCGCACAGCCAACUCCCUCACCCGGGCGGCGCUGGCGGAGAGCUGCAGUUCCAUUCCAUCGUCGAACCAGCGCGCCAUCAGCCACGUCCUCACCUCCACCAUCACCGCCCUCUCGUCCGCCAGCGAGCCCGCAGAGUUCAAGGAGCACCUCAAGGUGGUCGAGGCGGUUGCGCUGACCGGGCCGCCACCAGUCGCCGCCAUCACAUCGCUUCUCCAGCGGCUGCACACGACCUCGGACGCAGAGGCGUUUCGACAGCAGCGGAUUGCGCACGACACGGCCAACACCAUCAAGAUCAUCUUCUCAAACUGCUCCACAGAGGCCACAUCAGAGCUUGUUGGUGCUGUUCUGUCCGUCACCAGCGAGAUGAUCAAGACCACCCUUGAUCAGGAGUCGUCCUGUGGGCCGUGUCGCCUCGAUGCAGCCACCAUGUCCACCCUCGCCACGGGCGUGUGUCGCGCGUGUGCAAAUCUCUCCCCAGCGCAGCAGCGCUCGCUCGUUGACGAGUGCUCCCGUCUCUUCACCUCAGGGUCGCCGUCGCUGCUGCGUCGGUGCUGCGAGGACGAGCGGUUGACGCCGCUCACGUGGAUCGUUCCUGCCAUCUGCGGCGCGCUACCAACGGAGGUGACGCUGCCGCUGUCCCAUCCGCUGGUGUGCGAGUGUGCGAUUGGCGCGCGGGUGGUGACGAGCACGUGGGAGGCCGCUGUUCCCGUCUGCAGUCUCCUUGCUGCCGUUCUGAAUAAGACAGACAGCAACAAGGACGACGACACCGCAGCACGCGUGCAGCAGGUCGUCGACGAAACAGUUGCGCCCAUUCAGCGCUGUCUCUCUGGCGAGGCGGAAGCAUGCAGUAUUGGCGCACAGUGCUUGUUUGCGUAUGUGACGAAAGCGCUUGUGAUGAAGGCGGCGGCGCAGGCAGGAGACCUCGUCUCGCUCCUCUUCCAGAUGAUGGACCACCCUGCCCUGGCCCAGGGUGCAUGCUCGGCGGUGCGGGUGAUUCUGCAAGAGGACGACGUUGUGCUGAACAGAAGUGCGCACGCGGUGCAACGCCUCAUGUACCGCCAGCGGUUCUUCCAGGAAAACAUCGACAGGCUCGUCCAGCCGUUUGAAGCGUCGCCCAACCCGGUGUAUCUGAAGGCGCUGUCGUUUCUGCUCAAGGGGGUGCCGCUGCCCGUCGUCAAGACCGAACUCCCAGUGGUCCUCCCGCUCUUGCUCAAGAGCCUGGACCUGCGCGAUGCUGAUUUGCUGACGGGCACGCUUGACAUGUUUAAGGCGCUUGUGUCUGAUGCGCCGGCACAGCUGGCAGCCGACGUCAGCACGCUCGUCACCCGCUGCCUCGCCCUCCUCACCCACCAGAAGCUUGUGGUGCGCAGGAGUGCGCUGGAACUGCUUGCUGCACUUGUCCAGCUGCCCACCCACGUGGUUGUUCCGUUCAAGCCUGAGGUGCUUCGUGCUCUGCGUACGGCAUUGGAUGACCGGAAACGCGUUGUGCGGAUCGCAGCCGUGCAUGCAAGCACCGCCUGGCACAUGCUGUAGCCAGACGCCAUGUUGUUACAACGUUACAGCACACACACACACACACACACACACACACACACACACACACAAACACACACACACACACACGCGCGCGCGCGCGCGCGCACAUUCACAUAUAAGUUGACAGUGGAGACCUGGUGCUUGUAUGAUGAUGAUGAUGUACUUGUCUGACGGACGCACGAGUGCGCAGCGCCAAAUGCAUGCACUUGACAAGUGUUGCACAAGACAAGACACCACCAAAGGUGACACACAAGCAACAUUACACAGCAAAGUUGCCACAGUGUGGAACUGAUAUGGAG